AUGGAGCAAUGGGACAUUCUGUACCUCAUCGCCAAGACGUGGAAACGCUACGCCUCAUCGCGGCGCUGGACUGAUCGGCAGGGGAAAGACCAGUUCGCCCGUGCGGCCAAGGUGCAGGGCCUCAAGAGCCGCGCUGCGUUCAAGUUGCUGCAGAUCAAUGAGAAGUAUCGGCUGUUCAAGCCGGGUAUGACCGUGAUAGAUCUCGGUUUUGCGCCGGGGAGUUGGAGUCAGGUGGCAAUCGACCUGACGAAACCGCGGGGUCGGGUCCUCGGCGUCGAUCUGAUCCCCGUACAGCCACCCAAGGGCGUCUCGACGGUCCAAGGCAACUUCCUCUCCCCAGACGUCCAAGCGGAGAUCAAAUCUUUCUUGCGCGACCCCGACCGGGGCCGUCUCCGCAACACCCACCCAUUGUUCAUCACGAACCCCAGUGAGCCAUCUUCCACAGAUGGCCCCGUGGAUCAAAUGAGGAUCGAGGAGGGGGAAACAGGCUACCUCGACCGGCAGCACUCUGGCACCGGCGAAGCAGUCGAGGACAGCGUCAGUGGAGACGAGGCUGCGCACCUCGAUAAGACGGUAGACGUCGUCCUGAGCGACAUGUGGGAGCCCUGGGACCCGCUUGAUGGGCUGUACAAGAGAUCAAUCAGUAACCCGUAUCGUAGGUUGAUGAACACGAGUGGAAAUGCGUUUCGUGACCAUGCCGGUAGUAUGGACCUCUGCCGCGCAGCCCUCUACUUCAGCUACGACACGCUCAAGAUCGGUGGCCACUUUGUGUGCAAGUUCUACCAGGGCGGCGAGGACAAGGCGCUGGAGAAGAGCCUCAAGGCCAUGUUCCAGAAGGUCCACCGCGACAAGCCUGAGAGCUCGCGCAGUGAGUCCAAGGAGUCUUACUUUGUGGGCAUCCGGCGCCUCGCCAAUGCCGAUAGGGACGCUGUUUUCGCUGAGGGAUGA